AUGACUGAUAAUACUCCAGAUAUAAGAAGUAUCCUCGGAUAUGGACUACUUGUAGAUACGACUAUAUCUAGAAUCCCCAGACGAGGAUCCCCAGUUUCAAGACGGGACGGAAAGAUCGCGGCAGGAGCGCCACAGCUUCCAAUCGCAACCCAAAGGGACGCCCACGUUCCACAGGGAAGGCGAAAGGAAGCUGCUAACACGCCCACACGCAAGCAAUGUAUCAGAGCCAACAUUGUCCAGGUCAACUUACAUCAUGCUAUGGCAGCAACAGCGGUCAUAGAAAACCUCUUCCGCAAAAACGACUUGGACCUUACUCUGAUACAAGAGCCAUGGCUCAACAAAGCCACGCCUUUAGGCCUCAAUGCCUCAGGUAAUAUUCUUUUUAAUACCACUGGCACUAAACCUAGAGCAUGCAUUCUUUUUAAUAAGAAACUAGAUUUUCUGACUGUUCCAGAACUAUGUACAGAUGACCUAGUGACAGCCUUCGUCAAUUUCCCUGGAUGCACAGGGUCAAAAGUACUGGUCUGCUCUGCAUACCUACCUGGACAUGAUGAAAACAACAAAAUCAUCAAAGACCCGACAACCGGCCUACAGCCUGUGGUGGAAUACGCCCGUAAGCACAAGGCCGAACUCCUCGUGGGCUGCGAUGCAAACGCCCAUCACACAAACUGGGGAAGCUCUGACAUCAACACCAGAGCAAUGAGAACUCCAUGUCUGAUCACAAGCACAUCAGAUUCACAAUUGAGGCGCAACAGACUCAAACCCCAUUUCUACAGAAACCCAAAGGCUACAGAUUGGCCUAAAUACAGAGACAGUCUUACAAGCAUAAUCGCGGAACUUCCGAAGAGUAUCAAAUCUCCUCUAGAACUAGAACUCGCUGUGGACAUACUUCUAAGUGGCAUAAUAAGUGCCUACCAGAACAACUGUCCCAUCAAAACCAAAACCGCCAAAUGUAAAACACCCUGGUGGAAUAAGAGUCUAGAAAAGUUGAGGAAGAAAACUCGCAAAUUAUCCAACAGGGCUAAAAAAAAUGGGCCCAAUAUAGUAAAGCCCAAACGGAAUACUACUGCGAAAUUAGAAAGCCAAAAAAGCAUCAUGGCGUGCUUUCUGCGAGGAAUAACUCAGACUCCCCAAGGAUCCAGAUUACACAAAAUGCUUGCCAAGGCGUAUAUAUAA